AUGGCUGUGUCCACCACACCCGAGCAGUGGGAAUCUGUUCUUGAUAUCACAGAGCAGACAAGGACAAAUUCGAGUUUAGAUCCUGUGGAUGAGACACCUGGAGAAUUUGCCUAUCAAUACUGGAGGGAGACCCUCUCUCUGGUCAUUGCCCUGGUGGGGCUGGUGGGGAACAGCAUCGUCCUGUGGCUCUUGGGCUUCCGCAUCCAGAGGAGCCCCUUCUCUGUCUACAUCCUCAACCUGGCCGCAGCCGACGCCCUCCUCCUUGGUAGCUACUCUGGGUUCUGUGUGGGUGAAAUUGUUGCACAUUUAUACACUUCUGGCCUGCGAAUACUAUGGAGCUGCAUCCUAUACAUGUCCCACUGCGUGGGCCUGAGCUUGCUGGCUGCAAUCAGCACCGAGCGCUGUCUCUCUGGGCUCUUCCCCAUCUGGUACAGAUGUCACCAGCCCAAGUACACCUCUGCUACUGUGUGUGCAGUCCUAUGGGCUCUGCAGGGCCUGUACUGGGGAGCUCUUGUGGCUCUUAAUUUACUUUCAAAUUUCCAUGUUUUCCAAGAUUUCUACCUUUCUCUGCCCUUCAUCGGGAUCGGGUGGUUCUCCCUCCUCACCUGUGUGCUGUGCAUUUCCAGCCUGACCCUGGUGCUGAGCAUCCAGUUCAGCUCCCAGCGCAGGCGGCCACCCAGACUCUACCUCCUGAUCCUGCUCACAGUCCUCGUGUUCCUGCUCUGCGGCCUGCCUUUGGGGAUUAUUGGUUCAAUUAACUCUUUCAGCUACACCAUUGUAAUAUCUAAUGGGUCCUUGAGGCUCCUGGCCUGUGUGAACAGCAGUGCAAACCCUUUCAUUUACUUCUUCCUGGGCAGCCAAUGGCAUAAAAGAGGGAGGGAGCCCCUCAGGGUGGUCCUCCAGAGGGCCCUGGGGGAGGAGCAGGUAGGAGGUCAGGUUGGGAGAAGGGACACUUCCCACCCCAACACUCUGUAUCAGUGA